GUCACUUCCGCCUUCCUCUGUUGAUCGAGAAGUGAUUAUAAAAAGAUUGUAAGACAUGUAAAGAUAUACUUUUUUCAUCAUUUUUAUAAAUUAUUCACUAUUUAAUAGCUAAGAUGGGUUCCAAGGCAUCAAUCCUUCUUCAAGACGAAGAAGUUAGCGAAAUACAAAGGGAAACUGGAUUUUCCCACAACCAGAUUGUUAGACUGUACAGCCGUUUUACAAGUCUGGAUAAGACCAACAAUGGUUUCCUCAGUCGAGAAGACUUCUUGAGGAUUCCAGAACUAGCCAUUAAUCCAUUAGGUGACAGAAUAGUCCAUGCAUUUUUCCAGGAAAGCAAUGAUGACAGUGUUAACUUCCGUCAGUUCAUGAGAACUCUUGCCAGGUUCCGACCAAUCAAAACAAACCGCCUCAAUGAAUUGAACAGUAGAGAUGAGAAACUUAAAUUUGCAUUUAAAAUGUAUGAUCUUGAUGGAGAUGACAAGAUCUCAAGAGAGGAACUGCUGGCAGUGUUGCACAUGAUGGUUGGUGCCAACAUCUCUGAGGAACAGUUGGGUAGUAUUGCAGACAGAACAAUUGCUGAGGCUGAUCAGGAUGGAGACAGUAUGAUUUCAUUUGAGGAGUUUGCCAAGGCUAUGGAGAGAGUUGACGUUGAACAGAAGAUGAGUAUAAGAUUCCUCCACUAGGUACAUUUCUGCUGGACAGAAUAGAACAAGAUUGCACAAGAUCACACAAUGACAUGGAACAUUUAGGUUGUCUGACUUCUGACUCACAGUUAUGGUCACAGUUUUGGAUAAGUAAGGUCUUGUUGAAUUCAGCAUUACUUAAGUUUGUUGGCGAUGUGCAUCAGUUUCUGUAUCACCGAUUAAAAGUCAUUUUGUUUAAUAAGAAAGACUGUGAGAGUAAUUUUCUGUUAAGAGAUGGAAGCAAACCAAGUGGCUUCAAUUCCUUCAAUAUUAAUUCAGGAUGUGUUAUUGUAACUGAAGUACUGCUGUUAGUUUAUUACUUAAAGAAAAAUAAGGGAAAAUGUCACAGAUUUCUUUUGAAUUCAUAAUACUAAGUUACAUUCUAUACUUUACAAUUAUUAUAAUUAUGAGCUGGGGUUUUAUAUUAACACUGCCUUUACAUAGUCUACAAGUAUAUUAAUCAGUAUUUGUUAAUGGAAUACUCUGCAUACAAUUUUUUUCCAUCGGCUUUAAGACAAUGGUGGCUUGCUUUAUUUGGGGUUGAUAAAGAAACAGAUCAUUGAUGUUAAGUUUUGCAAAGACUUGUUGCACCCUAACAUUUUUUAUUCACAAGAAGCAUCCAACGACAGAUUUAGACAAAUGAUGGCAUGAUGUUAAGGAAUAUAUAUUUUGGACACUUGGAUUGCUUCAAGUAACGGAGAGGAGUUCUGUUGAAGGUUAUAUUAUACUUUAUAAUACUCUAUACACCAGAUAAUGUUUACUAUUGAAAUUGCUUCUAUUAUUUUCAUGAAACUAGCUUCAAAAUAACCCGUUUAAAUGUAUGAUUGCACCAAAGUUUUAUUUAUUUGUACUAGUUUCAAAAGUCCUAAUGGGUGAAAGGAUGGUGUAAAUAAAUAUUGUUGACUAAG